UUGACAGAAUCAAAACACAAACAGUUCUUGUCACUUGAGUAGGCCCUAUCUGGAUUCCUCCUAUUUCUGUCCGAAUUUCACUGUUAAUAAACGUUCUAAAUUUGAAAGGAGGCGAUCGUUAGGAAGAAAAGGAUCGAAUCUUUAAAUCUAGUGAAUUAGCAAGUCCAAAUCUCAAAGUUUUCUCCUUAAUAAGAGUUACAUAAACCAGAGAAACGUCUAGUUUUGGGCACCAAGUUGGGCCAGAGGCCAGCAAAUGUAGGAACUUGGGAUUUGGCCAGACUGGUGGAUUAUAUCUGCUGGCAGGUCAGCAGUUUGUCCCUCUACAGAUGACUGUUGACAGCAACCUGGCCAUGAAGGGGCCUAUCAUCAGCAAGACUGCGAGCAUGGAACUCACACCUAGUGGGGUACUUCCUGAUUUGCCGCACCUCUCUUUUCCAAUGGAUCACCAAUUGAGUCCAGAUUUGAGCACGUACGCAUCGAGUCCAAAUUCACUCUUCAUGUAUGAACAAGAACGCAAUGACAUGCAGAAUUCCUUUAAUCCAAGAUGUGCAUCAAGGUCCCGCUAUCACAGUAGCAUGUCGGAAUCCAGCGACUCCAUGCAAGUGGAAGGCAUGGAUAUGGAGUAUGUGCAGAUGCCCGAUUUUUUGUCAAGCUCGUACAGUUCCUGUGACACAAGUGCCCCACUGGAGGGGACGUCGCAACCAGAGACAGUAUGGGAGGGAAGCAAUUUCAACAGCCCCGGCAGUGUUAAAAUGGAAGAUGUUUUCCAAACAGAUGCAGUCGCAAAUAAAGGUCCGACGUUGGCUGCACUGAAUGCCAAUGGUGAAUGUGACGAGUCGAUUUUCGAUGAUAUCGAAAGUGUAAUCCGAGAUGAUUUGGCUACAUCAGAUAUGUCUGCUUUGGAGUGUCCGCUUCCCACGAGCAAUGCCCAGGACGUCAAGCCUAAGAUUGUACGGCCAUUGUGCUCCAAGCCUCAGACAUUUUUUUCGACUGCUUCGCCUCCCAUCCGGAAUCCAUCGCAAGUGACUGCCAUGUCGUCUUUUACAUCUACUGCCCCUCUGCCCAACGACCAAGAAUCUGCACAGGACAAUAAGGUAUCCUUGCACAGACUUCUCAUGCAAAAGUCUGUUGGUGAGAUGCCUACCCAAUCAGUGCCGAGUCCUCCUUGUUCUCUACCCAGUCCAAGUAUGAUAGUGCCCAAUGAUUCCAAAGUCAGCUUGAAGCGAUCUCUACACGUGGAUGAUCAGAAAUGGGCAGAGGUAGAGCGGUUUUUGCACGAGGAAAAACUUUUACCAGCAAAUGGGGCUAAAGCUGAAUUGGCUGCAACUGGUGUUAGUGGCAGACUUCGACAUGAUUCCAAUGCGUCUAGCACAGUGUCGCACAUGUCCCAUAUAAAGGAGGAGAUAGACUCGCACGACGAAGGCUUUGGAAGUGACCAUGGGGAGAGUGAGGCAGAUGAUCGAGAUUGGCUCUCAGAAUCUGAAACCGAUGACAGCUAUGAUCAUCUGUAUGGCCAGUCUGGGUCACAAGAUCGCCACAAGGAACCACAAUAUUUCUGGCAAUACAAUGCUCAGUCGAAAGGUCCAAAACAGUCACGUUUAUGCAUCCCUGUGUCUUCAGUGGAUCCACAUGUUCUCCACAACUUCGAGGAUCCGGUGUUCGAUCCCGGACACAGAGACACGGCUAUCCGCCAUGGCGGGAAAGCGAGGAGAGGCGAUGGAAAUGAUAUUCAGCCAAAUCCUAAGAAACUUUAUCAGAUCGGUAACGAGUUACGAAAAUUGUCCCAGGUUAUCAGCGAUUUGUCUCCAAGUGGUAACGUGCCAGUGAGUGUCCGGAACAAGUCUAAGAGAGAAAAGAACAAACUUGCUUCGAGGGCCUGUCGGCUGAAGAAAAAAGCACAGCACGAGGCAAAUAAAGUCAAGCUGUUUGGAUUGGAACAAGAGCAUGGGCAACUAAUGCUUGUACUCCAAGGGAUAAAGCAAGAAUUGGCAGCUUGUGUGAAAAGUCCUGACAGGGCGAGGUCGGUAAAACUUACCGAGAAGUUGGAUCAGCUUUACAAGGAAAAUCUGAGAUCAAUGAUAGCAGGCCAUGCUGCAGACUACGUCAAUAUGAUAGUGGAAAAAGUAAAGAGUGGUGAUCCUAACGGUGGACUUGACUUAAUAGAAGAUCAUGUAGACGAUCAUGUAGAAAUAGAAUAAGAUGGCGGCCAUGUUUUGGUAACAGACAACAUCGUCUGGCGACCUCCGCUUUAGACAUUUCCAAUAAACUGGGGAUGCAUGUAUGGGAAUGUUUUUCUAGUGCAAAAAACUUAGGGGCAGGUAGUCUCCAAAGAAAGACACAUUGCUCCGCAGCCCAACCAAUUUUCAAAUGUGGAGAAACCUCACAAGUGAAGUAAGUUUUGUGUUCUUUAGAAGCUGUCUAGAAUCUUUUAUGACUGCCUGGAUGCACCUUGGAAGUUAAGACUAGGGUACAUGUCCUUGGGACAAGUACAAAAUGUCAAAGUCUACUUCAAAAGUAAUAGCCCUUUGGCCAUGGUUCUACUUUAUGUCAACAUGUUAUUCAUCAGACGUGGGUUAUAUUACCAUGAGGGAUGAUUUAUUGAGCUUCGUGUCACCGGUAUUAAAAAAUGUGAGAGGUAGAUUCUUUCAAACUUUUGAUAGAAUGUGGAAAUGAAAGUGAAAAUGUGAAAUGAAUUUUAUGGUCAAAAACCAAAUUUUAAUUGAUUUCUACAUGCCUGAGCAUUUUAUAUUGCACUAGCCUAUAUGAGGUAUCAAUGGGACAUGGUGAUAUCAAAACACCGUAUAUUAUAUAGUGGAGAUCAGGUUGAUUGAAUACUUAGUGGAGUUCUAUGGUUUUAUUUUUUCAUCAGACUUUUUUUUGUAAACUGUUGUAUGUGUUUGAAUUGGUUGUCGCUCUGUAAUACUUUCCUUGAAUUCAUUCAAAUAUUGUUAUGAAUGUUCGAAUAAUCAAUCGGUGUCCAUAAUCAAACUUUUUGUCUAUAAAUCCGAUGGGACAAUUAUGAAAAUUGUAGUUUUGUGUCACAUCUUCAUGGUGUUAGUGGUCUUUAUUUUUAGUGAGUAAAGUUGUAAAUCUUGAACAUCAGGAUUUCUGAACGUUUUUUCUCUGUACAGUUGAAAUACAUUGUAAAUAUUCCAUUCGUGACAAUAUUAAUGAACAUUAUGUAAACGCCAAUUUUUUAUGUUGUCAACUAAUGUCAGUUGUGUUGGUUAAAAGGAAAUGUGUCCAUGUGGGAUGCACAAAGUAUCUAGUCCAGAGCUCGGCAGCUAGCAGAUGAUUAUACCAUUGGGUAUAAAGUGCCUUCCAAUGCAAUAGUUGAUAAUGCAGUCAAACAGUGUGAAUUAUACUGGGGGGUAGUAACAAAAAUUGUUAUUGAAUUUAGAGCUGAGUGUCAACUUGGACAUAUAGCUCGAUAAACAGUAUUGGGUGAUUAUUAUGUACCGGUAAGUAGGAGGAAACCGGAGACCCUGUAGGAAACCUAGGCUAUUGCCUAUCAAAUAGAGUCGCCCUCUUUAUCACAUGAGUGUAACGGAAUCGAACCAGGGACCUCUAAAGGUGACAGGUACUGAUGUUUCCGCUGCACCACUCCGACAGCAUGACUUCACUGAUGAAAAUAUUCUCCUCAUUCCAAAUGUCCUUUGAUGAUGGCUCAAAUUGCCAUUUCGUGCCAACCCACACACUCAUUGUCAUGCUUCUGACUUGUAUUAAUACUAUUAACAGGGUGGUUCUCAAAGUUGUAUUUCAUAGUAAAAUUCUGGCAUUAAACAAACAGAAGAUCUUGUCAGAUUCUCCAUUUUCAUGGUCGCAGAGUUGUCCUGGUUGCACAACGCAAUUGUGUACAGCCAGGCAUGCAUUUUUCAUUUCAUCUGGCCUAAUUCUUUUUACAUGACAAUCAUAUUUCGACAAAGAACGUACUUUAGAAUAGUAAUCAUGGCAAUUGGGAGUCGUCACUCUGGUUGAGACGUGUUUUGACAAGAUGACAAGACUCCUUUAUCUGAAAGGUAAGUUUGAAGUCGUACUAACAAUAAAAAAGACGUGUUCACUGAACUAUUGUAGGGAGAAAAUAGGCCAGCUGCAAUCUUUGUAGUGUUGUAAAUAGUGUAAAAAGUGACUCGGAGCAAUGUAAAUAUAAAUGUAGAUGUUGAAUAUAAUACAUGUCAUUAUGGUGUUGCAUGCGUUUAAAAUGUGGUUCAUUUUCUAAUGGAAAUAAUGGUGCUGAUUGGUAUUUUGAAGGAAUUAUUGGGGUUUUCUUGUGUAUUUAUAGAAGGCACAUCGUUAGCUCGAAAGCUGGACUUGCAGAGUUAUUGUGUGUGUUUCUCGAAGUGAGCAGGACUCGGUGUGAUAUGGGGUCCUUCUGAUAAGCCUUGUUUCAAACAUGCUUUUGACCAAUUUCUUCCUUUUUCUAUUUCGUGUACUAACAAUACUAAAUGGUGAACUUGAAACGAUGGGAGUUUGUUUUUGAUCCUUUUCAUAUGAAAGUGUGGUUUAAAUAGUAGUUGAUUUACGUUAAGAUAAUAUCAAAUUGUGAUAAAAACCUCUUUCUUUUUGUAUUGGAUUCUAGACAGUUCAACUUCAGGACAGUUCUGGUCUAAAUUCUUCUGUGAGAUGUGCGGUACCUUGAAACGUCUUGAAUAUUUACGAGAAUGUGAAAAUAAACACUAUUAAUGAGAAGAAAAAAAUCUCAACAUUUCUGAGGAGGCUCAAUGAACCAGUAAUAUUUUUUAUACUUUUUCAUAAAAAUUCAAAAGCAAAAAUUUAACUUGUGUGUUUGUUCAAUGAAGAUGGAGUCACUGUUUCUAAAACCGAUUGCAUUUAUUGAAAAAUUAUGUGACCUUGGGCGGCAUCCAUAAUUAUUUCACCUUUGUUGCAUAAUUAUCAGCUUGAGUUUGCAAUCAUGAUCCUAACUGUAAAACUCCCAAAUACAUAUCAUAGAUUCAGCUAAAUGGGCCAUAAAAUGUCCGCUUACCUGAAACUUGAUGAGAUUGACCUACUAAAACUGAAAACAGAUAAUACAAAUUACAUGAUCUGUCUAUUGUGUCAGAUUUUUCAUACAGUUUUGUAUAAACAGUGUAUGAUUUUGCUUCAGUCUCCUGGACUAUAGUAAGUUAAGGUCAGUCUUGCUGUCCAGGUUUUUACCUACUGGUACUCUAAAUAAAGCAUGCUGUGAUAUUAAGAUUGUGACUGGUCCCUGCGAAAAUUUCCAAGUCUGUGGACGUUCAGCAUGUCAGUUCAAUUAAUUGGAAAAAGUAUAUAAAAAGGUUUUUUUACAUUUGUUGUCAGUGAGUGACAUUCAAGGGGUAAUAUUUGUUCUCAGAUAUUAUUAUUGGGGAUUAAAAUUUGAUAUCUGUCCAGUACUUUCAUAGAAAGUGGGUACUGCUUUAAAACUUAAAACAAGAAUGGUAGACAAACUGUUUAAUACAUGUCCUACAUGUAGGGUGCAUUCUCUUGGUCUUAAAAUGGGAACUUGGUCCAGUGAGGCAAAUCAGUCUAGUUGGGUUGUUCUGUUGGCCUCAACGAAUAUCUUGAUUGGGGAUGGGGAAAAGGCUUUCUAGGGGAUAAAACACCUCACGGUGAUCUUCUGGCAUAAAUCUUGAUUAUUUCAAUGACAUCUUUGGCAAGAUUUCUUUGGGGACAUUUGCCAAUCUAGCCCGGAUGAGUGCUGCAUCCCUGAGCUUUCGAGGGACCUGUCCUCUUGCAUUUACCAAAUUGCUCAUGACUGCUUGACACAAAUUACUAAAUGACUGUGGUUGGGAUAAAAGGGCCAAAUUUCCAGUUCUGAAUACUGCCUUCUAUAAGCACAAUUUGAGUUCCAAUAUCUAGUACAUAUCUUGAAAGUAUACUGUUUAAAGAUGGUAAACCCCCUCUUUUUGAAUUUAGGUUCACCAGUACUGUACUCUUCAUUUCUCUCUCAUUUGAAUGCAAGAUAAGGGAGUUCUUUGCCGAACUAUUUAUAUGAAAUUUAUAACUUUCUCGUCCCGUUUUCUAUUAAAAAUAAAAUGCAGUUACAUAUAAUUGUCAAAUACUGUACCCUCCAAUUUUGCAAGAUUUUGACUCAAAGGAGCAAAAAGUAUUAUUGAAUUAUAUUUCUUUUAAAAAUUUUUUUUUUUCGAACUUUGAAGGGGGCUUCACUUUUCUGAACAGUCAGUGAACAUGUACAGUGCUAUUGCUUGUUUUUACUCAGGGGAAGUUGAAGAUGAGUGCGCUCGGAUGUCUUUCAUGUAAUAUAUGUUGAAGAUUGUAAAAAUGGUUGUACAUAGAGAAUGUAAAGUUUUUGCUAGAUGAAGGAGGAUAAAAUGCAUAUUUUUUUCACCCUGUGUGUUCCUUUUUUAGGGACUUGACAUUGGCACCAAAAUUGUUUCCAUUUGAUGUAAACCACUAAAUGUCCAUGCCUCUUUAUUUGUGAAAUUUCCAAAAUAUUCUAAGAUUCAGCGAAGUGUUUUGCUUGAUAACUGUACGCUAAAGACUGCUACACAAAUUGUCUCUUUUAGUUCAAGUUUAUCACUCGAGUAAAGUUGAGAAUUGUUUUUAUGGUGUUAAUAUACUACUUAUGUGUCAGUUAGUAAAGUCAUUGAUCUCCUGGGGAAGAAGAAUCUAAAAUUUACUCAUCCCAGCUCCCCCAGGAGAGGACAGGCAAUGACAGCAGAAGCCAUCUAAAUCAAGCGAGAAAGCUAAUUCUGUUGACGAUAGUAGCCAGUGUUAUUCUCAAGUCGCAGUUGACGACUACUAACCCUUUGGGGGCUAUGACAACAACACUUCACUCGAACAAUGUACUGUACGUAGCUAUCACAUCUAGGUCACAGCGUGGGUAGAGCACAAAAUGAUCAUAUCUACACCUCGCCUUGUUUGAGAAAAGGUCAUUUUCGAAUGCCAUUGCUCAUAGGAAUGCUAACAGAUGCUUAUCAUUUACCAGCUUAUACAAAUGUUAGAUAUCACUCAAGGUUAUCUUCUUGGUCAGUGUUUACUUAGAAGGUCGGUAAUGACUUAGAAGAUGGCUGGAGGAUAACAAAAAAAUAGCAACAGGGAAAUGAUUGUUAAACCCAAGGAAAGAUCUGGCAGAAGGUGAGGACCCCACAGUCAAAAGUGUCCGGGAGAGUUUCAUGGUUUCAUGUAAAUACAAAACAUAUUCACCCAAGUCUUUCAGCGAUUUGAUAAUGCAUUUUACUUGCAAAAUGAUAGUCAUUUUGUAAGUGGUGUCCAACUUUGGGACAUAUAAUUCUUAUUUUGUGCAAGUAUUCAGCUGCUCUUUUGAAAACCGCAAAUAAAAUUCUACGGAAAACCUGCCAAAUGCUUAAAUGACGACAAAAACUAUAUCUUUAAAAAGCUGAUGUUAAAAAAGAUACACUGUUGUCUCAUAUGUAUGUGCUGGUGACCAAUUGAUUUCUAUUUCUAAACCCAUUUUGUUGUUAUUUUUUCCUUCUAUUGUCACCUGUAAAUAAAUGGAUGUAAAUAAAUAUAUAUAUUCAUCAUAUCA